UUUUAUUUCAAAGUUUCUUUUCAGUCCUUUUAUUUUUCUCAUUUCCCUCCUAAAUUUUCCCUUCCUCCUCUGUUUCUUUCUAAACCCUCAACGAUUCCUCUGUUUUUUCAAUUUCUUCUCCUCUGCUUUUCAUCGUUUCUCCCUUUCCCCCUUUUCUGGCUGUUUUUUCCCCCUUAUUUCAAAUGGGAUUCUCCAAAAAGUCUCAAAUCGACGGCGGAUUUGAAGCAGAGGGGAAAAAAUGGGUAAUUGCCGGGUUGCCGACGAGGUCAUCGUUGAAGCCGAUUAGCACAAAAUCGAAGGCGAAAGACGGUGAAGACGACGGCGAGAAGACGCCGACGGCGAAAGAAGCUAGAAUACCGGAGAAAUUGGGUUGUCCGCCGGCGCCGAGAAAGCGUAGAUCUCUAAAAUCAAGCUCUAACCAAAAUUAUAUAAGGGAGUUCUUUAAUCCUCCUGAUUUAGAAUCUGUGUUCAAGCUCCGAGUUUAGAAGGGCCAAUUGAGUUUGUAAUAGUUGAGAAUUUAGGGGUUUCUCUGUUUUUUUUUUUUUUUUUGGUGUUUGUUUUAAUUUUUCUCUUUUUGGGGGGUUUUUUUUUUCACUAUUACUAUUUUUUUUAUGUACUUGGUUAGUUGUUAGGAGUAAGGUGAUUAUGAUGUACAAAAGGAUUUGAUAUUUGUUAUCUAAAUGAGUAAUAUUCUAGUUUAGCUUUGUUCAAAUUUUUGGCAAAUUCUCUUGAAAUUUUCCCAUGAAA